AUGCCCCCUGUCGAACUCCAUGGGUCUCCCCUUCCAGACCUGGACACACCCCUCCACGAGGUCUUUUCUCAGAACAUUGUGAGCUACCCAGAUACAGUGGCCCUUGUCAGCACUCAGCAGCCAUCCACUCUCUACGGAAUCCGGAGCCGGCCCAUUGACAGCGCCAAAGAUGAGCCGAAGUAUCUACGAUGGACGUACGGGGACCUCAGUCGCGCAGUUCAGCGACUAGUCCUUGGCUUGAAGAGCCAAGGUCUGAAGAAAGACGAUCCGUUAGUGAUGCUCAUGCCAAAUACCGCCGAAUAUGUCAUUGCCACCUGGGCGGCCUACCAAAUUGGCUGCGCCUAUGUUCCCCUCAACCCCAAGGGCCUAUCGAACACCCGAGAGAUGCGACACAUGUUGGAGCUUGCAAGGGGAGCAUGUCAGUCGGACCGUUUGUUCAUCAUAGCCGGAGUAGCCGAUAUGUGUGCGCGUGUCGAAGAGCUGACGUCGGGGUUGAACUGCACCAAGAUACUGGUCGAAGGCGAGACGAAGGGGUGGAUACCCUUCAACGAGCUGAUGCAGGACUCAGCUGGCAAUUCUCGACCAACCCUAUGCACAGAUGCUCACUCCAACCUUUCAGAUCGAACGAUAUUUUUCACCAGUGGAACGACAUCGCUCCCGAAAGGGUGCAUUAUUCCAUCAGCGUAUGCGUUUGCAUCCGCCUUGCGUUGGCGCCAAAGCGAUGCCCCUAUGCAGCAGGGGGACCGGGUUUUAUUCACUCUGCCAAAUAACCACGGGUUUGGCUGGCUUUGGAUCAUAUCUGCGUUCCUUAGCGCAGCCACGGUGGUGAUCCCUGGGCCACGUUUCAGUCCAGAUGCUGUGGCCAAGGCCAUUCGGGAGGAGCAGGUGAGCCAUGCUGGAUUGGUACCAACCAUGCUGCAUGCUUUGAGUAGUUUACCGCUCGCAGCCAGGACUCAGAGUUCGCUUCGGCGCAUCAUCAUGGGAGGCUCUGCACCAACCGAGGAGGUUAUCCGAAUCUGUCUUGACACCAUCGGUGCGUCGGGUGUGGAAAACAUCUACGGUAUGACCGAGGGUAUCCUUGUCUCGUCCGGUGUCAUGAGCCAAGCCAGCGACAUUAUCAAAGACGGACAUGUUUCGAUUGGCAAGCCGUUUCCUGGUAUGUCGGUUCGUGUCUACGCUAAGGACAGUAAAGUGGCUGCGGGGGUGGGAGAGGUAGGUGAGAUGCACUUCUCCGGUGCUAGUCUUAUUGACGAGUAUAUCGGAGGCGCCGAUGAGAACUUCUACAAGGGAGACGAUGGCCGUCAGUGGUUCCGCACGGGUGAUAAAGCCUUCAUUGGCAGUGAUGAUCGCCUUUACCUGAUUGGGAGGUACAAAGACACGAUCAUUCGCGGGGGCGAGAACAUCGACCCGUCUGCCAUUGAGGUGGUUCUGGGCCAAAUCCCCGAAUUCCAUGCUCUUCAGCCUCAAAUUGUGCGCGCACCGAACCAUGUUGCGGGUGAGGUUCCCGUUGCCGUGGUGAAACAGAAAGUCGACGACCACACGGCCGAUAGCCUUAAAAAGGCCAUCCUAGAGCGGAUGGGAGAUCUUUAUGUCCCGGCCGAUGUGAUACCAAUACAGGCACUUGGACAGGAAACAUACCCGACCACCAUGGCAGGAAAGGUCCAGAAGACUAAACUAGAAGACUUAGUUCGGAUGGAGUUUGAGCGCCAGCAUACCAACGACAAUCACAGAAUUGACGGACCUAUCUCCGGCCCACAGGUGAUGGAAUCCUUGUGCAUGGCCAUCGAGAAAGAGAAGGGACACCCCCUCGACCUCGCCCUCCGAAUGAUCGAGCUCGGAGUCGACUCAAUCAUGUCCAUCGCAAUCAUCAAGCGCGUCCAGAUAGCAACCGGAGUAUCACUACCAUCAAGCCUGUUCUUCACGCAGGCUAGAGCCAGCGCAAUCUGCCAACAGAUCAGUUCGAUCUCUGAGACAGCCGACUUCGCCGAUUUCACCCCCAUCAUGGAAGACGGGCCCACCGAUAAGUGCUUCUCUGUCCUACUUCAGGGCACCCCUCGAGCAGGCGUUGCCCCCGUCUUUCUGACGCCCCCGGGCUCCGGAAACGCCCUCGUAUACCGAACAUUACCCAAGUUCGUCGACGACCGUGCAGUCUACAGUUUCGCAUCGCCCUUUCUUAUGACCAAAUCCGAAUCCACCUGGACAAUAGAAGAAACGGCCACCAUCUACGCUAACACCAUCCGCAGUAUCGAUCCGAACGGGCCAUAUAUCCUUGGCGGCUGGUCAAUGGGAACCGCCACGGCCUACGAAACGGCAUACCAGCUCCACGAACAGGGGAAGCAAGUCCUGGGGAUCUUCAUGCUCGACUUGGCGCUGCCACGACCACCCCCGCACAUCCCUGAGGCAACCGUUGAGCUAUUCGACAUGAUGGGAGUGUUCCCCCCGAUCCGCCGUAAAGGGAAGCCAGACGUGGAGGUUCCCGGCUUCCGGAGGCGGCAUCGCGUUGCGGCGUACUACGCGAAAAUGAAGUAUCGACCUCGUCCGUUUGACAUGGCCGGGAAUGCGAGCCGUCCGCGCAUCUUUAUCAUCUGGGCUGGACAUGGCGAUCAUGACAGGAUGGCAGACAUGGUUGGCGAAGCGAGUGAUCUGUUGAAAAUCCAGGGUCCGGGGACGAAGAUGAAGAUUAGCGAUGACUGGCUGCAGGCUCCGCGGGGAUCUUUUGAUGCUGGGGGUUGGGACGAGAUGGUUGGGCCGGAGUACGUCGAUUGGGGCAUUGUAGAAGACGCAGACCAUGAUACGCUGAUUGAGGAUGAGAAAAUAGUGGGUUUGACUAUGGGCUUGAUGGAGAAGACCAUAGGUAAUUGGGUGCGAGAGGCUGAGCUGAAACCAAAUGGUUCAGGUUGA